AACUGAUUAAAAAUCAAGGAAUCUGAUUAAAAUCUGAUUAAAAUCGUCUCAUUUUAAUCGAUUUUUAAUCACAAAAAAAUCGAUUAAAAUCCCGUUUUUUCUUGAUUUAUUUUUACAUGGGUUAAGUUCGACAAGAAUAUCUAAUAGAAGUAGGAAAAGAAAUAUAAAUAUAUCGAUAGAUCGACUGAUUUGAAAUUUCUCAGCAUACCGAUUUCAUUUCUACCACAUUUUGACAUAUAUAACUAUGAAAUCAAAAGUCUAAAGAUAAAUUUUGCUUCGUUAAGUUCUUAAAAAGUUUUUAUAGUUUCUUAGAUAAAAUUAAAAGUUAAAAUAUUUGUCUUUUUUAGUGAAUAAAAAAUUUUGUUUUAUAAAUUUUGUUUAGGAGUUGAAGAAUCUGAACGAAUAAUUCAUUAUACUCGAGAUAUGAAAAUUGGUGCUCAUCUUUUGAUAAAUCCAUGUCGUACUCCAGGUAUUCAUCCUCGUUUAUGGCAAGAUGCUCGACUUAUGUAUUGGUCUAUAUCUGGUAUACCUAAUCCAUCAAGUGAAUCUAAAAGAAAUAAUUUAAUAUAUAUUCAAAGAACAGGAACAAAUGCAAUGAAUUCUGGUCGUCUUAUAUUAAAUGAAGAACCAUUUAUAAAAGUUCUACGGGAUUAUUGUUCAAAACAUUCCUUAAAUUAUGUACAAUAUGAUCAUUCAAAAGAUAAAGAUCAUAUUCGUUCUCGUAUUGAACUUUUUUAUAAUGCUAAAGUGAUAAUUGGUGUUCAUAGUGGUGCAUUAUCAAAUAUGAAUUUUGCACAAUCAGGAACAACAAUUAUUGAAAUAAUGCCUUAUACAUCUGAUACAAGUUCACUUCCGAUGACUUGUUCAAUGUUUCGACCUGAAGAUAUCAAAGCAUGUGCUGGUUAUAUUUUAUAUACUCAAGCACGAUUACUUAAUCAAUCAUAUUGGAUUUUACCGAUUGUUGUAAAUGCUGACAAAAAUCUCAAUGUUGAUACAACUCGAUUACAAAAACUUUUUGAUCAAAUAUAA